AUGGAGGAAAAACAGAUGCGCUCCUCGCAGCUUACAAGGUAUGCUGAUGCUAUGCCUAUGCAUAAGCCCCAGAUGCCACUACUGGAUCGUAUCUCUCUGUGGUCCCAAAACGAUACCUAUAUGCUUAUUUUCUACACUGUACUUUCGGUGUUGACGCGGUUGUACCGUAUCGGCAGCAACCACAAAGUGGUGUGGGAUGAGGCGCAUUUCGGCAAGUUUGGCUCGUUCUAUAUCCGUCACCUUUUCUACUUCGAUGUCCACCCUCCGCUCGGUAAGAUCCUUGUGGCUGUAUCGGGCUGGCUUAGUGGCUUUGAUGGCAACUACGAAUUCGAUUCCGGCAGUGACUACCCUGCCAACGUGCCGUUCAUUAGCAUGCGUGUGAUUAUGGCAAUGUAUGGUGUAAUGAUGGUGCCUGUGGCUUUCCUCACGGCACAAUCGUUUGGCUGGAACUGGCGUACAAAGCACUUCUUCACGCUCAUGGUCCUCCUUGACAAUGGCUGGCUUACGAUCUCUCGCUUUAUCCUACUGGACUCCAUGCUACUUGUCUUUACACUCUGUGUCGUUCUGGGCCUUGUCCGCUUCCAUCGCAUGCAGGACCAGCCAUUUACACGCCGCUGGUGGUUCUGGCUGUUCUUCACAGGUGUUUCGCUGGGCUGUGUUACCAGUGUGAAGAUGGUCGGCCUCUUUGUCAUGACGUUGGUCGGCCUGUAUACGGUGGAAGAUCUAUGGAACAAGCUAGGCGACUUGAAGAUGCCGGUGCGUACGUACUUGCGUCAUUGGUGCGCCCGCAUUGUGGCGCUGAUCUUUGUGCCACUGUGUAUCUACAUGCUGAGCUUCAAGCUGCACUUUGCUAUUUUGUAUAAGAGUGGCUCAGGCGAUGCACAGAUGAGCAGCCUGUUCCAGUCGAAUUUGGAGGGCAGUGAGCUGUCCAACUUCCCACUGGAAGCUGCAUAUGGCAGCAAAGUCACGUUGAAGAACAUGGGCUUUGGUGGCGGUUUGCUGCACUCGCAUAUCCAGACGUACCCAGAAGGCUCACAGGAGCAACAGGUGACGUGCUACCAUUACAAGGACACCAACAACCACUUUAUCUUUGCGCCGUUGUUUGACGAGCCGGCCCUCCCUGGUCCGAAUGAUACUGUCACUGAGCCGCCACGUAUGCUGAAGAGCGGUGAUGUGGUGCGUUUGGUCCAUGUGGAAACGUCCAAGAACUUGCGGACGCACUUGGUGCCUGCGCCUGUGAGCAAGGACUACCACGAGGUCUCGGGCUACGGCAACUGGACGGAGGGCGACGAUACGGCGUACUGGGCCGUAGAGGUUGUCGACGAUCUGCAGCUCGGCGCUGGCAAGGAAGGCUCGCCAGUUCGUACACUGACCACGCGACUUCGCUUCCGCAAUCCUCGCCACAACUGCUACCUGCGCGCUGCCAAUGUGGUUCUGCCAGACUGGGGCUGGAAGCAGACGGAAGUGACGUGCGAUCCAGCGAACAAUCCAUCGGAUGUGUUUACACACUGGAACAUCGAGAACCACUGGAAUGACCGCCUGAACAUGUCUCAGUCGACGCACCGCUACCGCUCGCCUUUCUUACGCGACUUUGUGCAUUUGAAUGUCGCGAUGAUGGUGUCGAACAAUGCACUUGUACCGGAUAACGAUAAAUUCGAUGUGCUUGCGUCCAAGCCGCUCGAGUGGCCGUGGAUGUGGAAUGGUCUGCGCAUGAACGGCUGGGGCGCUGAUCAGGACAAGUACUACUUGAUCGGCAACCCUGUUGUGUGGUGGGGCAGUACGGCGUCGCUCCAUGUCGCUGUUGUGCUGCUUGUGUGGUACAUCCUGCGCCGUCAGCGCCACAUUCACGAUAUGACGGGCCGAACUUGGGACGAUUUCCUCUUUGGUCUCAAGGUUGGUGGCAUUGGAUGGCUGCUGCACUAUGGCCCCUUUCUGUUGAUGGGCCGUGUCACGUACAUUCACCACUACCUCCCGACACUCUACUUUGCUGUGAUUGUGUAUGCGCAUCUGCUGGACCACUUCCUGUGGAAUCAGGCAACGGCACGCUACCUGAUCGACUGGCGCCUGUUUCUGCGAACGGGCCGAUUGACGACCGGCAAGCUGAAUCCGUUUAUCCACGACACGUCGGCGCCUGUGCAAGGCCGGCCGCUUACCACGCGUACGAAGAACGUGACGUUCGCUAUUGCCGUGGCCCUCCUUGUCGCCGUCUUUUGGUGGUUCCGUGCCGUGUCGUUCGGUAUGUACGGCGACAUUAGCGAGUGGCACUACCUCAAGUGGCGCAAGACUUGGAAUAUUUACUAA